AUGCGUCUGCGCCAGCGCCUGGUCAUCCUAGAGAGAUACCUUAUAUCGCUGAGCCACAGCAUGAUGGAAGAGAAGUACAAGGUCCGCUGGAAGAUCCCCCCCAGCCCCCCUCUACCCAUCGUAGACAACAAGAGGUACAGGAAGCAUCUAAUUUCACUGUAAACUGAAACGCUGAUCCACUAGUGCAAGUGAUAGUACAGGAAGCGGCAGCCAUGGUUCUCUCAUCUCACUGUUAGCUACACUGACUGGGCCACACUAGUGCAAGUGAUUCAUCUGAAACAUUCCCCCUUAGACGAUCAGCUGGAUCUGUGUCAUGUGUCAUCUUGAUUGAGUGGAGUUAAAGGUGUGUCUCUCUCUCUAGCGCCCGGCCAGCCAGUAAGGGUGUGGAGGGUCUGGCCAGAGUCGGCUCCAGAGCAGCGCUCUCCUUUGCCUUUGCCUUUCUACGACGAGCCUGGAGGUCUGGUAAGCAUCCUCGCUAGACAUAGCCCUUCACUUAGUCUUUAUGAAGCAUCCUCUCUAGACAUAGCCCUUCACUUAGUCUUUAUGAAGCAUCCUCUCUAGACAUAGCCCUUCACUUAGUCUUUAUGAAGCAUCCUCUCUAGACAUAACCCUUCACUUAGUCUUUAUGAAGCAUCCUCUCUAGACAUAGCCCUUCACUUAGUCUUUAUGAAGCAUCCUCUCUAGACAUAGCCCUUCACUUAGUCUUUAUGAAGCAUCCUCUCUAGACAUAGCCCUUCAUUUAGUCUUUAUGAAGCAUCCUCUCUAGACAUAACCCUUCACUUAGUCUUUAUGAAGCAUCCUCUCUAGACAUAACCCUUCACUUAGUCUUUAUGAAGCAUCCUCUCUAGACAUAACCCUUCACUUAGUCUUUAUGAAGCAUCCUCUCUAGACAUAACCCUUCACUUAGUCUUUAUGAAGUAUACUCUCUCGACAUAACCCUUCACUUAGUCUUUAUGAAGCAUCCUCUCUAGACAUAACCCUUCACUUAGUCUUUAUGAAGCAUCCUCUCUAGACAUAACCCUUCACUUAGUCUUUAUGAAGCAUCCUCUCUAGACAUAACCCUUCACUUAGUCUUUAUGAAGCAUCCUCUCUAGACAUAACCCUUCACUUAGUCUUUAUGAAGCAUCCUCUCUAGACAUAGCCCUUCAUUUAGUCUUUAUGAAGCAUCCUCUCUAGACAUAACCCUUCACUUAGUCUUUAUGAAGCAUCCUCUCUAGACAUAACCCUUCACUUAGUCUUUAUGAAGCAUCCUCUCUAGACAUAACCCUUCACUUAGUCUUUAUGAAGCAUCCUCUCUAGACAUAACCCUUCACUUAGUCUUUAUGAAGCAUCCUCUCUAGACAUAACCCUUCACUUAGUCUUUAUUAAGCCUCCUUUACUGGUGACAUCACAUAGUCAACAUGGUCCAGAGUAUCAGACCCUCCGCUGUCCCCUUCUACCCUCCCCAGUCCCCCUCUACUCUCCCCAGUCCCCCUCUACUCUCCCCAGUCCCCCUCUACUCUCCCCAGUCCCCCUCUACUCUCCCCAGUCCCCCUCUACCCUCCCCAGUCCCCCUCUACUCUCCCCAGUCCCCCUCUACUCUCCCCAGUCCCCCUCUACCCUCCCAGUCCCCCUCUACUCUCCCCUGUCCCCCUCUACUCUCCCCAGUCCCCCCUCUACUCUCCCCCAGUCCCCCUCUACUCUCCCCAGUCCCCCAUCUACUCUCCCCAGUCCCCCUCUACUCUCCCCAGUCCCCCUCUACUCUCCCAGUUCCCCCCUCUACCCCUCUCAUAGCCCCCUCUACUCUCCCCAGUCCCCCUCUCCCCCUCCCCCUCUACCCUCUCAUAUCCCCCUCUACUCUCCCCAGUCCCCCUCUACUCUCCCCCAGUCCCCCUCUACUCUCCCCAGUCCCCCUCUACUCUCCCCAGUCCCCCUCUACCCCCCCCAGUCCCCUCUACUCUCCCCAGUCCCCUCUACUCUCCCCAGUCCCCCCUACUCUCCCCAGUCCCCCUCUACUCUCCCCCAGUCCCCCCUCUACUCCUCCCCAGUCCCCCUCUAACCCUCCCCCAGUCCCCCCUCUACCUCCCCCCAUCCCCCUCUACUCUCCCCAGUCCCCCCUCUACUCUCCCCAGUCCCCCCUCUACUCUCCCCAUUCCCCCCUCUACUGCUCCCCAGUCCCCCUCUAACCCUCCCCAGUCCCCCUCUACUCUCCCCCAGUCCCCCCCUCUACUCUCCCCAGUCCCCCUCUACUCUCCCCAGUCCCCCCUCUACCCUCUCAUAUCCCCCUCUACUCUCCCCAGUCCCCCUCUCCCCAGUCCCCCUCUACCCUCUCAUAUCCCCCUCUACUCUCCCCAGUCCCCCUCUACUCUCCCCAGUCCCCCUCUACUCUCCCCAGUCCCCCUCUACUCUCCCCCAGUCCCCCCUCUACCCCCCCUGUCCCCCUCUCCCCAGUCCCCCUCUACCCUCCCCAGUCCCCCUCUACUCUCCCCAGUCCCCCUCUAUUUUCAGCAUCACUAUAUUUAUAUGGUUUAUUUGACAACGUUUAUACUAAUCAGUGAAGCAUCAACACAUUUGUCAAAUUAUUAGCUUUAUUAUAUAUAUAUAUAUAUACAGUUACAUAUUGCGCUAUUAUUCUGAACGAUAUUGUCCUGAACAAAAAUAUAAAUGCAACAUGUAAAGUGCUGGUCCCAUGUUUCAUGAGCUGAAAUAAAAGAUCCCAGAAAUGUUCCAUACGCACAAAAAGCGUAUUUCUCUCAAAUGUUGUGCACAAAUUUGUUUACAUCCCUGUUAGUGAGCAUUUCUCCUUUGCCAAGAUAAUCCAUCCACUUGACAGGUGUGGCAUAUCAAGAAGCUGAUUAAACAGCAUGAUCAUUACACAGGUGCACCUUGUGCUGGGGACAAUAAAAGGCCACUCUAAAAUGUGCAGUUUUGUCACACAACACAAUGCCACUGAUGUCUCAAGUUUUGAGGGAGUGGGCAAUUGGCAUGCUGACUGCAAGAAAGUCCACCAGAGCUGUUGCCAGAGAAUUUAAUGUUAAUUUCUCUACAAUAAGCCGCCUCCAAAGUCGUUUUAGAGAAUUUGCCAGUACGCCCAACCAGCCUCAGAACCGCAGACCACGUGUAACCACACCAGCCCAGGACCUCCACAUCCGGCUUCUUCCCCAGGGGACUCGUCUGAGAACAGCCACCCAGACAGCUGAUGAAACUGAGGAGUAUUUAUGUCUGUAAUAAAGCCCUUUUGUGGAGAAAAACUCAUUCAGUGGGUGGGCCUGGCUCCCAGGUGGGUUGGCCUAUGGCUGUGCCCCUGCCCAGUCAUGUGAAAUCCAUAGAUUUUGUAUUUUGUGUAUUUAUUAUGGAUCCCCAUUAGUUCCUGCCAAGGCAGCAGCUACUCUUCCUGGGGUUUAUUAUGGAUCCCCAUUAGUUCCUGCCAAGGCAGCAGCUACUCUUCCUGGGGUUUAUUAUGGAUCCCCAUUAGUUCCUGCCAAGGCAGCAGCUACUCUUCCUGGGGUUUAUUAUGGAUCCCCAUUAGUUCCUGUCAAGGCAGCAGCUACUCUUCCUGGGGUUUAUUAUGGAUCCCCAUUAGUUCCUGCCAAGGCAGCAGCUACUCUUCCUGGGGUUUAUUAUGGAUCCCCAUUAGUUCCUGCCAAGGCAGCAGCUACUCUUCCUGGGGUCCUGCAACAUUAAGGCAGUUAUAUACAAUUUAAAAUAUUACCUGACAUUAUAUUUCAUAACACUUUACCCAAUAUAUUUAGAUUAGGGCCUAAUGAAUUUAUUUCAAUUGAUUGAAUUCGUGAUGUGAACUGUAACUCGUUGAAAUUGUUGCAUGUUGCACCGUCAUCUGAUGCCACCUUUCCAACAAGUCAGUUCGUCAAAUUUCUGCCCUGCUAGAGUUGCCCCGGUCAACUGUAAGUGCUGUUAUUGUGAAGUGGAAACGUCUAGGAGCAACACCGGCUCAGCCGCAAAGUGGAAAGGCUUCCCAGAAGAGUGGAGGCUGUUAUAGCAGCAAAGGGGGGACCAACUCCAUAUUAAUGCCCAUGAUGUUGGAAUGAGAUGUUCGACAUGCAGGUGUCCACAUACUAUUGGUUGUGUAGUGUUUAUAAUUAAUUUAUUCAUUACAAAUAUUUUAUCUGGGCCAAAAGUAAAUUUCAUCCUAUAGUUUUGUCUCCAUCUUCUUUUUAAAUAGUGAGCCAUCAUAUGUUUUCAGCACUUUUAUUUCCAUGACUGAUUUUAAAACUAAUUUUUCUCAUGUUCUCUCUUGUCUCUCUGCAACAGAACAAUAUGUUCUGAACAUCAAGUCGCAGUAUCGCAUCGCAAUACGUAUAGAAUCGUGAGAAUCACAAUACAUAUCAUAUCGGCACCUAAGUAUGGUGAUAAUAUCGUAUCGUGGGGUCCCUGGCAGUUCCCAGCCCUAGUGUCCAGUAUGUCUAACAUAUUGGUGCUUUGAUCAGGUGACGAUGCGGACCUGUGCAGUGAGCUGCUCCAGGAGUCCCUGGAUGCUCUGCGAGCCCUCCCAGAAGCCACUCUGUUUGACGAGGGCACCGUGUCGUCUGUCUGGCUGGAGGUCGUGGAGAGAGCCACCAAGUUCCUCAGGUCAGUAGAACAUGCUGCCUGGGUUGUCCCGGCACUGACUUCCUGCCAGUUCCUCAGGCCUUCCUGCUGCCUGGGUUUUCAGUGAUGUCCAUGGUUCUGCCAGUGAUGGUGUUAUUUAAACUGUGCGGUUGGUUUUCAGUGAUGUCCAUGGUUCUGCCAGUGAUGGUGUUAUUUAAACUGUGCGGUUGGUUUUCAGUGAUGUCCAUGGUUCUGCCAGUGAUGGUGUUAUUUAAACUGUGCGGUUGGUUUUCAGUGAUGUCCAUGGAAGUGGAAGCACCAAAGGCAGCAUCCCACUACAGGACCAACACCUGGCCCUGGCCAUCCUGCUAGAGCUGGCAGUGCAGAGAGGCACUCUGAGGUAAGACUCCUACAGGACACUGAUACUCAACUCUAGGAUUGGGGUGAUAUACCAUAUAUACUGGGAUUUUACGAAAUACCGACCGUAUGAUUUUCAACGGGGGGGUUGGGGGGCAGCGGGGGGCUGUGGGGGUGCGUGCUACGCCACUGCUUAUAUCUAUGUUAAGUAUAACUGUAAGAAAUAUUAAGAUGUGUCAAAUAAAUGAUAUCCAGCUCAGGGCUCCAGCUAUGUGUUUGGUUUGCUAAGUGGCUAGAUGUCAAGAUACUCCAAUGCCUUUUGAGAUAGAGGCGAGGAAAAAAUCAAAUACUUUUUGGGAUGCACUCUCUGUGACUGCACCUACCACACUCCUCAUAUCAUACAGUACCAGACCUCUCCGACCUGUCCUGUCUCCAGCCAGCUACUGUCUGCAUCUGUAGCUCAGCUGGUAGAGCACGGCGCUUGGUCCUCUGUAGCUCAGCUGGUAGAGCACGGCGCUCGGUCCUCUGGAGCUCAGCUGGUAGAGCACGGCGCUCGGUCCUCUGGAGCUCAGCUGGUAGAGCACGGCGGUCCUCUGUAGCUCAGCUGGUAGAGCAUGGCGCUUGGUCCUCUGUAGCUCAGCUGGUAGAGCACGGCGCUUGGUCCUCUGUAGCUCAGCUGGUAGAGCACGGCGCUUGGAACGCCAGGGUAGUGGGUUCGAUCCCCGGGACCACCCAUACACUAAAAAAUGUAUGCAUGCAUGACUAAGUCGCUUUGGAUAAAAGCGUCUGCUAAAUGGCAUAUUAUUAUUAUUAUUAUUAUUAUUAUUAUUAUCUGUGGGACAGCACUUACCAUGUCCAUAGUAUCAUACCCUAACUACUCUCUUCUCCAGCCAGCUGCUGUCUGCCGUCCUCCUCCUCCUGCGGCUGUGGGACAGCGGGACCAGGGAGAUGGACAAUGAGCGCUCCACCCAGGGGACCAGCGCACCCCUCCUCCCCCUCCUGCAGCGCUUUCACAACAUCCACAGCAGCAAGGAGGAGCCCGGCCCUGAGGAGGAGAUGGAGGUGAGCUCAGGGCCUGUUUUCAUAAAGCUUCUCUGUAAAAGCUGAUUUUUUUAGGUUAGGUUUUGCCUCUUUAGAUCAGAAUCAAUAAGAUGACAUGAUCCUAGAGCAGGACUCCUACUCUGAGACACCUGAUACAUACAGUCCCUGGUCUCAUUAUAGAGGAUCCUUACUCUCCUCUUCCUGGUCCAUUGCCUCAAAAUACAUUUGUUUGUCCAUCUUCUAAACUAAACUAAAUGUAAGUACUAAGCUUAGCAGAUACAGUGCCUUCAGAAAGUAUUCACACCCCCAAUGACUUUAUCCACAUUUUGUUGUGUUACAGCCUGAUUUUUAAAAUGGAUGAAAUUUAGAUUAUUUUUUUUGUCACUGGCCUAAACAAAAUACCCCAUAAUGUCAAAGUGGAAGUAUGUUUUUCGGAAAGCUGAAAUGUCUUGAGUCAAGUAUUCACCCCCUUUGUUAUGGCAAGCCUAAAUAACUUAAGGAGUUCUACUAAGCUAUAUAUAAUUGUUUAAAGAAGGUAACAGUCUCCAUAUAUACUUCCAUAAAUGUUUUCAACUGGUACCGAGGAACCUUCAGACGAGUCUUGUGAGGCAUGUGGGCGUCCUAGAGCAAAACAACCGACGUACGUGCUUGUGAGAGCCACCCUUUGCCUUGAUGACAGCUUUGCACACACUUGGCAUUCUCUCAACCAGCUUCACCUGGAAUGCUUUUCCAACAGUCUUGAAGGAGUUCCCACAUAUGCUGAGCACUUGCUGGCUGCUUUUCUGAGAAAAAAACAUCAAUUGAAUCCAUUGUGAAUUCAAGCUGUGGCACAGUAAAAUGUGGAAUAAGUCAAGGGAUAUGAAUACUUUCUGAAGGCACUGUACCUCUCUAGUUCAGCUCGUUACCUGUAUAAAAGACACCUGGGAGCCUGGAUUUAAAUGCUUUUUUCCCUCACUGUACUUUCUAAAGGCACUGUACCUCUCUAGUUCACAUAUCUAUCUGUGUUCUUCCACUCCAGAUCCUGGGGUCCCCUCUGAGUCCCAAUGAGAGUUUCUUGCGCUACCUGACGCUGCCCCAGGACAAUGACUUGGCUAUCGACCUGAGACAGACGGCUGUGGUCAUCAUGGCUCACCUGGACCGCCUGGCCGCCCCCUGCUCCCCCCCGCAGUGCAGCUCCCCCACCUCUCACAAGGUACCACUACCGUCUGGACUUGGCCCUGCUCUUGAGUGCUGUACACUGUUAAGACAGCUCUACUCAGCCUCCCUGUCUUAAGCUCUACUCAGCCUCCCUGUCUUAAGCUCUACUCAGCCUCCCUGUCUUAAGCUCUACUCAGCCUCCCUGUCUUAAGCUCUACUCAGCCUCCCUGUCUUAAGCUCUACUCAGCCUCCCUGUCUUAAGCUCUACUCAGCCUCCCUGUCUUAAGCUCUACUCAGCCUCCCUGUCUUAAGCUCUACUCAGCCUCCCUGUCUUAAGCUCUACUCAGCCUCCCUGUCUUAAGCUCUCCUCAGCCUCCCUGUCUUAAGCUCUACUCAGCCUCCCUGUCUUAAGCUCUACUCAGCCUCCCUGUCUUAAGCUCUACUCAGCCUCCCUGUCUUAAGCUCUACUCAGCCUCCCUGUCUUAAGCUCUACUCAGCCUCCCUGUCUAAAGCUCUCCUCAGCCUCCCUGUCUUAAGCUCUACUCAGCCUCCCUGUCUUAAGCUCUACUCAGCCUCCCUGUCUAAAGCUCUCCUCAGCCUCCCUGUCUUAAGCUCUACUCAGCCUCCCUGUCUAAAGCUCUCCUCAGCCUCCCUGUCUUAAGCUCUACUCAGCCUCCCUGUCUAAAGCUCUCCUCAGCCUCCCUGUCUUAAGCUCUACUCAGCCUCCCUGUCUUAAGCUCUACUCAGCCUCCCUGUCUUAAGCUCUACUCAGCCUCCCUGUCUUAAGCUCUACUCAGCCUCCCUGUCUAAAGCUCUCCUCAGCCUCCCUGUCUUAAGCUCUACUCAGCCUCCCUGUCUAAAGCUCUCCUCAGCCUCCCUGUCUUAAGCUCUACUCAGCCUCCCUGUCUUAAGCUCUACUCAGCCUCCCUGUCUAAAGCUCUCCUCAGCCUCCCUGUCUUAAGCUCUACUCAGCCUCCCUGUCUUAAGCUCUACUCAGCCUCCCUGUCUUAAGCUCUACUCAGCCUCCCUGUCUUAAGCUCUACUCAGCCUCCCUGUCUUAAGUGUUUCCAUUGAUCAGCAUGGUUAUCUGUCAGGCUCACAACCGCUCUCCUCAGAUUUAAUGGCAUGCUGGUCAGGAUUAGGGCUGCACAAUUAAUCAAAUUGUAAUCAAAAUUGCGAUAUCGACAUGUGCAAUAUCCAUAUCGCAAGAGACUGCGUUUUUUUUUUGAAAUGCUACGUGUUACACGUUUUUAUAGUUUACUCUGUCUCUCUCCAGUCUCCCCCUCUCUCUCUCUCUCUCUCGCUGUCUCUCUGUCUCUCUCCCUCUCUCCUUCUGUCUCUCUCCUUCUGUCUCUCUCCUUCUGUCUCUCUCUCUCGCUGUCUCUCUGUCUCUCUCCCUCUCUCCUUCUGUCUCUCUCCUUCUGUCUCUCUCUCUCUCUCUCUCGCUGUCUCUCUGUCUCUCUCCCUCUCCUUCUGUCUCUCUCCUUCUGUCUCUCGCUCGCUCUCUCUCUCGCUCUCUCUCUCUCUCGCUCUCUCGCUCUCUCGCUCUCUCCUCUCUCUCUCUCUCUCUCUCUCUCUCUCUCUCUCUCUCUCUCUCUCUCUCUCUCUCUCUCUCUCUCUCUCUCUCUCUCUCUCUCUCUCUCUCUCUCUCCUCUCUCUCUCUCUCUCGCUCUCUCUCUCUCUCUCUCUCUCUCUCUCUCUCUCUCUCUCUCCCCCCCCCUCUGUCUCUCUCUCUCUCUGUCUCAUGCAGCUGCUUGCUUCUGACACAUGUGACACACCAAGCCCCACCCCCUAUCACACAAGCAGGAACAAAUAGCUGCUUCAGUCUGCAUGCUUCUGUUAGCUAGCUCAUGCAGUCAAGAAACAAGAACGAUGCUGCUUUCAGCUUUGCUUCUUCAUAUCAACCACGUUUUCUGUAUUCUACUAUUAGCUUGUGUGUCUUUAUCUCUGCAAACUGCUAGUUAGUUAGUCUUUAGCAAGCUCCACGUGUCUAAUCGCUAACUGGCUAGCUAAAUACAUUGAGCUAGCAAAGAAUAUGGCGCUAGGGCAAAUCUGACUAGCAAACGUUAGCUCUAAUACAGGCUGCUGCCGGUGGUGUUGGCAGCAUGUUGGUUGUGCAGCGUCAUGCUCUGAAUUAGAGAGGAACAGGUGAAGCAUAUUCAAAGAAAUGGGCGGCAGUUAGCCUAGCGUAGCGUUGGGCCAGUAACCGAAAGGUCGCUUGUUCGAAUACCCGAGCCGACAAGGUGAAAAUUGUAUCGGUGCCUUUGAGCAAGGCACUUAACCCUAAUUUGCUCCAGAGGCACUGUACUACUACGGCUGACCCUCUAAAACAACACAUUACACUGCACCUAUCUGGUGUAUGUGACAAUAACACAUUCUACUAUACUGACCUUUUCAUUAAUUGUCAUGCCAACCAACGCCAACCAUAUAAUUAGAAUAGCCUACUCAUUCUAUUUCUAUGAUUCCAACAUAAUAUAUAUUAAUAUAAUAAUAUAUUAUACAUGCCAGUUAGCAGACUCUUUUAUCCAAAGCGUCAUGCAUUCAUAAAUGUUUUUACGUAUGGGUGGUCCCGGGAAUCCUGGCGAACGAAGUGUUUUUGCUCAAAAUCGCAAUAUUUUGCAAUUCGAUUUUUGGCCCAUAUCGUGCAGCCCUAGUAGGAUGUUGUGAUUGGAGGCCUUUUCUCUGUUGCUAACGUCUCGUGAUUGGAGGCCUUUUCUCUGUUGCUAACGUCUCGUGAUUGGAGGCCUUUUCUCUGUUGCUAACGUCUCGUGAUUGGAGGCCUUUUCUCUGUUACUAACGUCUCGUGAUUGGAGGCCUUUUCUCUGUUACUAACGUCUCGUGAUUGGAGGCCUUUUCUCUGUUACUAACGUCUCGUGAUUGGAGGCCUUUUCUCUGUUGCUAACGUCUCGUGAUUGGAGGCCUUUUCUCUGUUACUAACGUCUCGUGAUUGGAGGCCUUUUCUCUGUUACUAACGUCUCUCUCUCUCUCUCUGUGCGUUCUGUUGGAGGACCAUGGCAACAUGCAGGUAAAGGAUGAAGCCAUGUGUUGUGCAUGAAGGACUUGAUGUGAUGUUUUUAUAUAGCUUAUUCUUGCAACAGUAGGAUAACGUUUGCCCUAGAAGUCCCUUUCAUGGGGAUAUGUUGAUUACGUUUGCCCUAGAAGUCCCUUUCAUGGGGAUGUAUUUGUAUUCAUUAGGGAUCCCCAUUACUGUUCCUGGGGUCCAAACAUAUUAAAGCACUUACAUUACAUAGAAAACAAAAGAUAAAACAGUACAUCAUAUGACAUUAUUACACCACUACAUAUCUACAAUACAAAAUGUUUAAUACCACCAUACAACAAUAUCACAAUGUGUGCGUAUGCAUGUGUCUAUACCCUUGUGUGUGUCUCUUCACAGUCCCCGCUGUUCCAUAAGGUGUAUUUUUAUCUGUUUUUUAAAUCUGAUUCUACUGCUUGCAUCAGUUACCUGAUGUGGAAUAGAGUUCCAUGUAGUCAUGGCUCUAUGUAAUACUGUGCUCCUCCCAUAGUCUGUUCUGGACUUGGGGACUGUGAAGAGACCUCUGGUGGCAUGUCUUGUGGCUUUACUAUUCUUAGGUAGCGGAAUGACGAGCUUCCCUCCAGGCCGGAGGGCACACACUUUCUAGUAGGCUUAAAUUGAAGAUGUGGCAAAUAUCGUCCGCUAUUAUCCUCAGGAAUUUUCCAUCCAAGUUGUCAGACCCCGGUGGCUUGUCAUUGUUGAUAGACAACAAUAAUGUUUUCACCUCUUCCAAACUGACUUUACGGAAUUCAAAAGUACAAUUCUUGUAUUUCAUAAUUUGAUCCAGUUAUACUUGGAUGUCUAGUGUCAGCGUUUGUUGCUGGCAUGUCAUACCUAAGUUUGCUAAUCUUGCCAGUGAAAAAAUCAGUAAAGUAGUUGGCAAUAUCAGUCGGUUUUGUGAUGAAUGAGCCAUCUGAUUCAAUGAAUGAUGGAGCUGAGUUUGCCUUUUUGCCCAACAUUUCAUUUAAGGUGCUCCAAAGCUUUUUACUAUAGGAUAGUUUCUUCUUCUUUUUAUUCAGUUUAGUCACAUGAUUUCUCAAUCUGCAGUACGUUUGCCAAUCGGUUGUGCAGCCAGACUUAUUUGCCAUUCCUUUUGCCUCAUCCCUCUCAACUAUAUAAUAUUUCAAUUCCUCAUCAAUCCACGGGGAUUUAACAGUUUUUACAGUCAUUUUCUUAAUGGGUGCAUGCUUAUUAGUAACUGGAAUAAGCAAUUUCAUAAAUGUGUCAAGUGCAGCGUCUGGUUGCUCCUCAUUACACACCACGGACCAACAUAUAUUAUUUAUAUCAACAACAUAGGAAUCACUACAAAACGUAUUGUAUGACCUCUUAUACACUAUAUUAGGCCCAGCCUUUGGAACUUUGGUUUUCCUAGAUAUGGCUACUAUAUUGUGAUCACUACAGCCGAUGGAUCUGGAAACUGCUUUCAAGCACAUUUCUGCAGCAUUAGUAAAGAUGUGAUCAAUACAUGUUGUUGAUUUCAUUCCUGUGCUGUUUGUAACUACCCUGGUAGGUUGACUGAUAACCUGAAUCAGGUUGCAGGCACUGGUUACAGUUUGACGUUUUUUCUUGAGUGGGCAGCUUGAUGAGAGCCAGUCAAUAUUUAAAUCACCCAGAAAAUGUGUUGAUUACGUUUGCCCUGGAAGGCCCUUUCAUGGGGAUGUGUUCCUGAAAAGCCCUAGUUGUUCAUCAUGCAGCCAGCCAGUCUUUGAGAGCAUGCUUUACAGAGAUAUAAAUAGAUCAUAUUGGUAGUUGAUGCCUUGGCUUUUUCUUUGCAGUGUCGAUCUCAUACGUGGUCAGGUGAUUUCUCCCAACAGAUUUAGGCAGCACAGACAGGCUGCACAUCUGUGAAGUACCAAAUGUUACUGUUACAUUAACCGUUUGUGUUCUGCAGAGAACUGAAGUACCAGUAGUACUGGGCGGCAGGUAGCUUAGUGGGUAAGAGCGUUGUGCCAGUAACCGAAAGGUCACUGGUUCUAAUCCCCGAGCCGACUAGGUGAAAAAUCUGUCGAUGUGCCCUUGAGCAAGGCACUUAACCCUAAUUGCUCAUGUAAGUUGAUAAGAGCGUCUGCUAAAUGACUAAAAUGUAAAUGUACUAUUACAUUAACCCUUUGUGUUCUGUAGAGAACUGAAGUACCAAAUGUUACUGUUACAUUAGAAUAUAAUUGAUAUAUAACUGUAUUCUCCAUCAGAGGAUUUCCCUUUUUCCUUUAACCCCUUCAAUGCUUCUGCUACUUAAACUCUUCAUACUAUGUAGACCACUGAAGCACCAAUGGCAUCACUGCAUUAACCCUUUCUUCCCCACUCGCAGGGCACUCUGCAGGAGGUGAUUGGCUGGGGGCUGCUAGGCUGGAAGCUGUAUGCCAACGUGAACGGGCCGGUGCAGUGCAAGGCCCUGUCAGGCCUGGGGGUCUCCCAGAUAGUGUGUUCUGAGAAGGGCUUCCUCAUCCUGGCCAGCAGUGGAGCCGUCUACACACAGAACUACAAGAGCACCACACUG